AUGGCUGUGGGGGCUCUCUUAUAUAGAUGGGGGUGGGACUUGCAAAGCCGAAGCCGGAAUCAAAACCCACACAAACGUUUUCUCGCUACUUCAGGCUCUCACAGCUUCAGGCCCAAGCACAGCUCACGUCACCGCACAUUCUUGGUCUGCACAGCUCGCAUAUUGUGCUGCAAUCAUCCGUCUAAAAGCGUUGGAAACCGCUUUUGUACACGGUGCACCUCCGACAAUUUAUAUAUCUUUUCCACUGCAUUUGCUGACGUUUCGCCUUACGACUUACAUACCGUCACACCCUCCACUCACGCCAUGCCUCGAGUUUCAUCGACGAUCGGUCUGGCAGUUCUGAUUGCACUGGUGAUGCUAGUAGGAGUGUCCCUGCGACCACAGUCUCUGUCCCCCUUUGACAAAUAUGCAUACAACAGCUCACCUUCGCCAUCAGCAGGGCGCGCCCAGGCUGUUUCCAAGGCCCAGGUCUUUCACACAUCUGCAUCUCCACCAAAAGUCGUGGUGGCUCAAACAGGACUCCCUGGACCUGUUGCUCAGGCCAGUGGCCUCGCAAAGGCUGGCCAGGCUGCGGGAAAGCAAGUUGGACCUCCUCCUAGUCCCGAGCAGAAGCCGUACGACUAUGAGGGACCCAUUGUGAUCAUGCCCGACAACCUGGAGAAGGAUAUCGAGGAGUACAAGGCUCGAAAGAAGAAGGAGGAGGAAAAGCGACAGAAGAAGGAGAAGGAGCAGAAGGAGGCAGCUGAGAAGAAGAAACAGGAAGACGAGAAGAAGAAGAAGGAGGAUGCCGAGAAGAAGAAAAAGGAAGAGGAGAAACGAAAGGAGGAAGAGAAGAAACGGAAGGAGGAAGAAAAGAAAAAAAAGGAGGAAGAGGAGGCUAAGAGCCGAGAGGAGGAACAAAAGCUGCGAAUCCAGGAACUGGCUGGUGAUGAUAGUUCGUUUAAUUCGCUAAAGGCCAAGGUGGAGAAGUUUGAAAAGGAAUUGGAGCCUCUCAAGAAGGAUCUGGAAGCUGCCAAGAAGCAUAAGGAAGAGACCAAGAAGAAGGAUGAGGAGAUGCGAAAGGAAAAGGAGAAAGAGGCUGCCAAGAAGCUUAGCAACGGCCUUCAGGGAGACUUCCACAAACUUGAGAGAGCCGAAAUUAAGGCUAUUGUCGAAAACCCGCUCAAUUACACCGAAGCUGAGAAAACUGAUGGAGGCCACGUGGCUCCCUACGGUGGCAAGGUCGUGAUUCUGUCUGCUUCCAACAACAAGACAAAGUCUGAACAGUACAUGCUUGAACGGGCUCUUCUCAACCGACAGGAGUACUGUAACAUGCAUGGAUACACGUGUCGGUUCAUCAACCUGGACCAGGUCGAUGAUGGCAAGCAUCAUAUUGUUUGGGCCAAGAUCAAGGCUAUUGAGAUGGUUUUCGAGACUGAUCCUGAAGUUGAAUGGGUCUGGUGGAUGGACACCGAUAUGAUUAUUCUCAACCCUUAUAUUGAGCUUGGAGAGCAUAUUCUGAGUGACAGGGCACUGGUUGAGCGACUUACUUACGGACGACCCAUCCGAUCGGCAGACGCCUCGUUCAAGGGUGAGAUUUACCAUUCCAAGGGCCAGAUUGAAGCCAAGGAUAUCCAUCUACUUCUGACGCAGGACUUUUUCGGCAUCAAUGCUGGUUCCUUCUUCCUCAGAAAGUCUCAGUUUUCUAAAUUCCUGCUCGAUCUAUGGUACGACCAACACUUUAUUGACAAGAAUUACGUCUUCCGAGAACAGCAGGCUCUCAACCAUCUUUUGCGGUCACAUAAGACCGUUCUUCAGCAUACCGGCCUGUAUCCUCAGCGUCUGUUCAACUCUUAUUUGGGUAACGAGAAGGAUGUGUGGAAGUUCAAGGAAGACGAUUUGGCUGUUCAUUUUGCCGGCUGUGGCUCUUCCAGGACUUGUGAGGACAAGUUCUCCCGAUACAUGAAGAUCCGAAAGCGUGUGCCCAAGGAGUUCCAGGUUGAGUUCCCCAAGGACUAG